AUGAGCCUUAGUUCCUCUAAGGUUGCGCCAGAGGCGGAGCCAGAGGGGAAGCAGGAGGCAGAGUCAGCGUCGGAGAAGAGGGAACCGGAGGCGGGGCGUGGGCCAGACCCUCGGAGCCAGUGGGAUCCGGGGACAGGGCCGGAGUCGGAGCGGCUUUUGGAGUCAAGUCAGGGACAGAAACCCGAGCUUGGCUGGGCUUCAGGGCAGAGCUCAGAGCCACCAGCGGCGUCGGAGCAGGAGUCACAGCCACGCCCGGCGUCGGCGAGGGGGGAUGCCCCUCUGUCCGAGUCACAGUCGGGAAAUCAGUUGCCCGAGAGGUCCCGCUGCCACACUGACUGCCUGGAGGCGCCGCUCUCCCGCGCCUUCGCGUGGCUGGGAUGGAUGGUGGGCUCGCACCCCUGGAUCUUCCUGCUGGCGCCGAUGGUGCUGACGGCCGCCCUCGGCACUGGCUUCGUGUACCUGCCCAAGGACGAAGAAGAAGACCUCGAGGAGCAGUACACCCCGAUCGGGAGCCCGGCCAAAGCCGAGCGGCGCUUCGUGCAAGCACAUUUCACCAUCAACGACUCUUACCGUUUCUCCGCCUCCAGAAAGAGCAUCGACGUCAAUUUCGCGUCCGUUCUAGUGGUCUCCAACACUGCCUCGCUGCUGGAACAAGAAACCUUAUCAGAAAUUAGUAAAUUGGACGAGGCGGUGCGGGCUUUGUAUGUGACACAAGAAAACGGAACCGAGAUCCACUACGAUGAGGUGUGCGCUAUGGACCAGGGCCGCUGCGUGCCCUCCAACCCGCUUCUGGCCGUCUGGCAGGCGAACAAUAACCUCAACCUGAAAAACAUCACCUUUCCCAUCUCCACCCAAGCCGGCCAACCCCUCUACCUGGCCAACCUCCUUGGCGGAGUCGUCUUAGGCGAGAAGAUAGGAACGAACCAGUUCCUCCUGGAGGCCAAAGCCAUGCGGCUGCUGUAUUUCCUGGAGACCGAGGUCAGAGAGGACAACGAGCAUAGCAAGUUGUGGCUGAUCCAUUUCCUGAACGAAUUUAGCAAAAUGCAAAAGAGUCUGGCCUUGAAGAAGAUUCAGGUGGUCUACUUUACGUCACUUUCUAGACAACUGGAAUUUGAGGCAACUUCUAUGACAGUGAUCCCUUUGUUUCACUUGGCAUACCUUCUAAUCAUAUUAUUUGCAGUCAUAUCAUGCUACAGGUGUGACUGUAUCCGCAACAAAAUGUGGGUUGCAGCCUUUGGAGUGAUUUCUGCUGCCUUGGCAGUGGUGAGCGGCUUUGGCCUGAUGUUGUACAUUGGGGUACCAUUUGUGAUCAUAGUUGCAAAUUCACCAUUUCUUAUUCUAGGUGUUGGGGUCGAUGACAUGUUUAUCAUGAUUUCUGCCUGGCAGAAGACCAGCCUCGUGGAUAGCAUAAAACAGCGGCUGUCCAAUGUCUAUUCAAAAGUGGCAGUGUCCAUUACAAUAACCACCACCACCAACGUCCUGGCUUUCUAUACAGGCAUUAUGACCUCCUUCAGGUCCAUACAAUACUUUUGCAUCUAUACAGGAACAACCCUGCUCUUUUGUUAUUUGUAUAACAUCACCUGUUUUGGAGCAUUUCUGGCCCUGGAUGGGAAAAGAGAAGUAGUCUGUCUACGCUGGUUGAAAAAGUCAGAAACUCCUGACCAAAAAUGUUCCUCAUUAAAAAAGUCCUGCUGUCUCCCAUUUGAGUCUCUCCCAGAGGAAAAUGAAGCUGAAAUCCAUCCAAUGAAUUUGUUCUUUAGAGACUAUUUUGGGCCUUUUCUCACAACCACUGAGUCCAAGUUUUUUGUAGUGCUUAUAUACAUUUUGUACAUCGUAAGUAGUAUAUAUGGGUGUUUCCAAGUGGAGGAAGGUUUAGACCUUCGAAAUUUGGCAAGUGACGAUUCAUACAUCACACCAUAUUUUAAUGUAGAAGAGGAGUAUUUUUCAGAUUAUGGCCCCAGGGUUAUGGUUAUCGUUACUGAAGCUCUUGAUUACUGGGAUAAAGAUGCUAGGCAAAAAUUGGAAAAAUGUCUGGCAGAUUUUGAAAACAAUAACUAUGUAGAUAAAAGUCUUACAGAGUUUUGGUUACGAGAAUAUGUGAAAUAUAUGGAAAAUAACAGACAAGAUGUAAAUGAUAAGAAUACUUUUAUAAACAGUAUUUCCAGUUUUUUAACGGAUUUUCCACUUUUUAAGUGUGAUAUUAAUAUUUCAUCAUCACAUGAAAUCAUUUCUUCUCGGGCCUUCAUUCAGACCGUAGGUGUUUCUUCUUCAACCAAUAAGAAGAUGAUGUUACUCCAGUUCCGAAGCCUGGCUGAAAAGUGUGAAAUUCCCCUAAUGGUGUAUAACCGGGCAUUCAUAUAUUUUGAUCAGUAUACUGCAAUAUUAGAAAACACCGUUCGAAAUGUCGUUGUUGCAUCAGCAGCUAUGUUCAUCGUUUCCUUAUUGUUAAUUCCUCAUCCACUGUGUUCCUUGUGGGUGACUUUUGCUAUUGCUUCUGUGAUUGUGGGAGUCACAGGUUUCAUGGCAUUCUGGAAAGUCAAUCUUGAUUCCAUAUCCAUGAUUAAUCUUGUCAUUUGUAUAGGGUUUUCUUUCGAUUUUUCUGCACACAUUUCCUAUGCAUUUGUUUCCAGUUCCAAGCCCUCAGUAAACCAAAAAACAAUUGAGGCAUUGUAUCUGCUAGGCUACCCGGUGUUACAGAGUGCAAUUUCAACAGUAAUAGGGGUGUGCGUUUUAGCUGCAGCUAAAGCAUACAUCUUCAGAACAUUUUUUAAGAUUAUGUUUCUCGUUAUGUUAUUUGGGGCUGCUCAUGGCCUAAUUUUUAUUCCAGUAUUCUUAACCUUUUUUUGAAGGCUUGUUUGAAUAUCCACUAACAAAUCAAAGACCAAUUAUAGAAUUCCUGAUUGCCCCAAUCCGAUCUGAUAAAAAUGCACUAUUAGGAAUAGUGAAUAAACUAAAAACAAAGGCAUGUUUUCUUGGCUUGG